CAACAAUCCCUCCGUAUUAAUGCUCUGAACCAAGCCACAAUUGGAUCAGGAAGCUGGGUCCUCAUCUCACGGAUCAGAGGGAGCCAGUCUGUGUGUGUCCAGGGCCGAGAGCAGGUAAUUAGUUGAUGGCGUACAGAAUACUUCUUCUGUGCCUGUCUGUGGCUGUUGCUGCUGCAAGAGGAGAUGUAGUACCCAGGGGCUAUCGGCUAGAUCUCUAUCCGUACCCUGGAGAUGGUGUAUUUAAGGGGCGAGUACGUAUCGAUGUGGUGUGGACUGGGACAGGAGAUGGAGAGGGCCCUAAGCAAGUGAAUCUUCAUGCUGACCCUUCUCUCAAUGUGUUGGACAGAGAGGUGACCAUCUCAAGGCUGGCUGACACCGAGUCUUCUGAGGAGGAUGAGACUGAGGGGGAGCAAGUGAGCCUUAGUGUUGCCAAGGUGGAAAGACAGAACCAGACUUUCUCAAUACACCUGUCUCAGCCACUACAGAGAGAUGCUACAUAUCAGUUGGACUUACAGUUUGAUGGUACCUUGGGUGCUGAUCCUUCCCAUGCUUUCUUCCAGAACAGCUACACUGAUCAAGCUUCAGGGGAUAAGAGAUGGUUUGUGGCGCUCAACCUGAAGCCCUACAGAGUGCGCCAUGUGUUCCCUUGCUUUGACAUCCCAGAACUCAAGACCUGGAUAGAACUCAGUGUGGCUCAUAAAUCAGAGUUUCACAUAUUAUCUUCUAUGCCUGUCACUGAUACCACUAAUGUCACCACUGAAGGAGUGUGGGUGAGAGAACAUUUCUCUAGAACUCCUCCGAUGUCUGUGAACUCCUUGGCUCUCUUUAUUUCCGACUUCCCUCAGCCUAUCUCCAACAACUAUUUACAGACAGACGGUAUCAGGGUGGCAGUGUGGGGUCGUACGGAUUUUGUAACAGCUCUGUCCAAAGCCCAGCAGCUUCUCCCAACAGUGAUGGUGUCUCUGGAGAUCUACCUUUCUCGGCCCUAUCCUCUACCUCAGCUCAAUCUCGUAGCGCUACCUGGUUUCACAGAUGACAACCCUGUCAACGCUUGGGGCCUCCAGCUCUUUAAAGAAAGUGACUUGAUGAAUGGAAACACAUUCUGGCUGUCUCACAGACUAGCCAAGGCAGCAGCCAUGCAGUGGUUGAACCACCUGACCACCCCCACCAGUAACUCUUGUGUCACCCCUGGUCUAGCCAACUACCUAGCUACUAUUGUGGCUAAGCAGCUAGAACAACAAAACAUCUACCAUUGGCAUUUGACUGGACUUCAUAGUCUUUAUUUGGAGUAUGGAAAACCCAAAAGUAGUUACAUGAAUCCUAACCAGAAAGAAGCUCUGUGUUCUUCUAAAGUGCAGAUUUUCCUGUCUAUGCUGGACCAGGUUUUAACAUCUCAUACCUUCAAGACUGGGAUACAAAAUUUCUUGUCCAAAAAGGAGUUCAAGAUGUACGAGGACAAAGAACUUUGGUCUGCCCUGAGUGAUCAGGCCCACCAAGAUGAGACUCUUGCUAAGACUGUGACAGUAAGCGAGAUAGCACAAUCCUGGCUGGACAGGGAAAGACUUCCUCUCCUCACAGUAACUAGGAAUUAUGACAAGGACACAAUAAUUGUCUUGCAGGAACCAUUUAUCAACCACCUGGAGUCACGAUGGACACCAGCCAAAGUGGUGAAGAAGCCCUCCCCUCCGGAACAGUUCUGGUGGCUGCCUUUGGUGGUUUUGAAGGAGCCUGACUCGGAAGAGUCUCUAGGGAAUAUUUCCACAACUCCCACUACGUGGCUUAGGCCUGAUCUACAUGAGCUUACGCUAGAACAGUUCAGUGAUGAUCUUAAAUACAUUGUCGUCAAUCCUGGCAGCAUUGGGCCAUUCCUGGUUAACUAUGAUGAGGAGAACUGGCACCUACUAUCAAACAAAGUGUCAACACUGCCAGAUAGUGUGAGGACUCAACUGCUUCAUGAUGCUCUGACGCUAGCUCUUUCUGGCCAGCUUCCCACAACCACUGCCCUCAACAUGACUGUAUUCCUGCGCAGGGAGCAAUCAGCCGUUGUCUGGAAGACUUUCUACCCAUUGGCUGAUCGGCUGCGUAAGCAGUUCCAGGGUACAGCUGCAGCCAAACCACUAGAUGAGUAUAUCCAAGCCCUGGUGACUCCCGUAUUGGAGGCUCUAGGAGAGGAAACGGACAAGAGUCCGAUCUGGCGCACAGACUUCCGUACCAAGACCCGUCACUUGUUGUGUGCAGCUGGCCAUCCUGCAUGUGUGGAGCAUGCACAAACACACUAUGCGCGCUGGUUAUCCAGCCCUACACCUGAUAGCGGCAUGCCCCUGGCAGGUAGCCUGCUAUGUUCUGUGUUUUCCCAUGGGACGGCAGAGGAGUGGGAAUUUGGAAUGCAGCGUCUGCUCCACUUCCCAUCCAAUCGGUCAUCGGUUGAACGCACCUUCCUGCUCAAGACUCUGGCGGGUUGCUCACGGGAGCCAGAACAGUACCAGCGUAUUCUGAACAUCACUCUGCUUGGAGACAUCACUAAUGAGACAUUCUCAGAGGCUGACAAGUUUGCUGCCUUGACUGCUAUGUCUGGUGAUGUGACGGGCUGCACUGCUCUCUUCAACUUCCUCUCAGAGAAUUGGAAACCUUUAAAAAAGAGGAUGUCAGCUAACCUGUGGGAGUAUUUCAUUCAAGUCUCUCUGGGACGGUUCCGUACUGAAGAAGGUUUAACCAUGGUGACGGAGCUAGUUGCAGAGAAAAAGGGCCAGUUUGGUCUGGCGGAGAAGACAGCAGAGGAGUCUGUUGAGACUGUGCAGGCUCAGGUGGCCUGGGCGGAGGCUAACAGUGGGCCUGUAGAGGCUUGGCUGCGUGAUGCUCUGGACAAGCCUUGGCCACCACACCGCUUCAAGUUCCAAGACAUCCUGGUACUUGCUCGCACCCGCAAAUUCGGCUAGACCAUUGAUCAUUGUAAAGAGCCGUGAAUCGGACUGAUUAGCAGGUAUUAAGGUGAACAGGAUACACACAUGAAAUCAGUCUAUAACACAGACCAUUGCGAUGCAAGAAAAAUAUCCCUCUAUUAGUCAUAAAACUAAACCUCACAAUAUUUUAUUAUUUUGUCACUGUAUUGCUUGCCUUGGACCAAAAACUUUAUAUUUGAUUGGUUCACUUUCACAAUAAUAACAAAAAUAAUUUUGAACAAUAUUUAGAAGUUCUUGUUAAAAUAUGAAUAAAAAAAUUUACAACACAGACAACUAAUUCAAGUCAGGCAUGUUAACUAUGAAAGUAUGAAAUAAAUCAAACAAGCUUUUCAGUAAAUAAUAUUGAAUUAUUUUUCUAUUUGAAUAUUAUUUUAUUAAAUUAGUUCACCUUUUUACCAUUGUUAAGUCUGUUUAGAUUUAAGCUCUUUCAGUCUACGCCAUUGAUAUAUAAAAAAUGCCAAAGUGAUAUUAACCUAUUUUUAUUUUCGUUUAAACUAAACAAGAUACCCUUUUAAAUAAUUUGGUUGUUUACUUGAUGUGUGCUCAAGGUCUUAAAAUUUAACUUUACUGUUACUAUCUGAUUCAUUUGAAUUAAGUGUUAUCUAGUUCCAUAGUAUAAAUAAGAAUAACUGUACUUUUGCUCUAAUAGUGUCUUAAUUUUGAAUUUAUUUUUACCUUAAUGUACACAUUUUCCUUGUAUAAAGUAAGAGAGUAGGUUUUAUAAUACAUACAUAAUACUGUAUUUUAUGAUGUAAAUAAAGCCAUUUGAUUCUUGAAA